AAACGAUGGAGAAGAGGAAAUUCACACAAAGGGAUGCCUUUACUAUUCUUCUGCUAUAAAAUCCAACUUGAAGAAUCCCACUGACGUUGGCAAUCUCAUGCGUUUUGGAGGAGCGGGCUCUGAAGCGAGCAUCCAUCUCCAUUUGGAUCAUUGAUGUCCAAGCCGAGGGUGCUCUCAUUCACAGGAAUGAAGGUGGCGCCUUUCUCAUGCACACCAACUGUUCGACUUGUGGCCCGUUGAGUUAGGUAUGAGGAGUUAGGACUGUGUGCUACUCCCAUUAUAAAUUUCAUUUACCGGUUUUCAUAUGAAAAUCCGUGGUCAAAUUUACCAAGCAAAAAAUCAAGGGAAACCAAAGAAUACAUGAACACCAUGGAAAAAGCACUGGGUGGCAGUAGGCUCCCUAAACAGGUUUAAAGUUUUGCUAGAAUUUCUGCAAACGUUGUUUAGCCAAAUGAUAUGUUGGCACAGGGAGAGACCAAGGCUUCACAUUGUGAAGAUUGACAGAACUACCAAUCAAAAGGUUCUUUUUUAAUAUGCUUCAUAUUUCUUUGAAGAAAUAGCCAAAGGAAUUCUUUGGGAGAAAGAAAAUCACAUAAAUUCACUUUCUGAGCUGAUCAUGUUGGCAUUUCUUCUCAACUUUGAUGAAGAAGCUAUUAGGUUUUGAAGUUAAAUAAUUUGCAAGUUUUUGUGGAGGACAAGUUUCUGUCAGUAGCCUAGGCAUGGUGAGUACAGCUGAUAUUCCUUGUGAGUGAGUAGGCAUGGUGAGCACAGCUAAUAUUUGUUAUGAGUGAGUAGGCAUAGUGAGCACAGCUAAUAUUUCAACUUCUUCGCAUUUGGCCAUUUUAAUCUUCAUGCACACCUUUUUAAUAUUUAUAAUUAAAUUUUUCCUUCAGGCAUAUGGAGUGUGGCUGGGUGAAGGAUAUGGUAGUUUGUAAUAUCAGGCUUAUUUGGAAAAAUUAGACUGUUACGAAGGAGAUUUCAUCCUCACAAGGAUGAUUACUAUAGGAAGCAUUCCGAUUGCUCAGACCAAUUGGGCACAGUUGCUUCCACUGUUGCCUGCUAGGGUGGUAUAUUACCAUGACUAUGUUUUAUGGUCAAAUUUGCUAGAUUUUAAUUCAUACAUGAAGAGGAAUUGUCCUUGUCUCUGAUACCGUAACACUACUCAUGUUAAUUUUCUUUCUUUGUAGCCUAUUUAAGGAUCAUUCAGGUACGAUUCCUAUGCUUUGCUAAAGUUUGCUCUGAUUUUUUUCUUAUAAGAAAACAACUUUAAUUCAACUUAAUACAGUCUGGUAGUAUAGCUCUACUUGUCAAUUUCUACUUUUGAAAAGAAGAUCUACUUUGACAAGUGAGCUUUAUAAAUGUAUAGACACAAUUUUGUACAACUUGGAACUCAACUUUUUCUUUUUUCAUGAUGCCGCAUGUCCAUAUAUUUUGAUUUACUAUAAUGGAGACAUCUGUUUUAAAAAUCAGUUACAUGUUAGGUAGUCUCUAGCAUUGUCCAUGACAUCUAACAUUAAAAAACUCAUCUAGGAGAGUUAACUUCUUUUAACAUUCAAGAUAGAUUGUGAGAUGCAAGCUUUAGAAGAAGCUGAGGCUGAAAGAAUGUCAAUGAUCAGAUGGGCGACACCAGACGCUUCAUGCUUGGAGGAGACAAAUAAAAUACAGUAGAAAUUGACUU